AUGUUCACGAUAGUUUCUGCUAGAAUUGAUCCUAAAAAUUUGAAAUGUUUAGUGUGCCGGAUGACCUUCGAAGAGCUUAACGCGGCUAUUCAAAAAGUUGAUAAAUGGAAAAAAGUGGAUGUUGGCAACUUCAGAAUGGAUGCAAGCGGCAACACCAUGCAAGAUAAAGUGCCCGCUCACCGAUCUGCUGUCUACAUCUCUGAAAUGAUUGACGAUAUCUGCAAGAAAAUGGACGACUACGUGCGUGUGUACUACAAGUCAACUGGCAAGUUGGCCAUUAUGCAGCUCAUCACCAAAGAUGGUAGCAUGAACCCCGAGUUUAGCAAGACCAAGUUUGUAACUGAUGAUGAUCUGAACAAGAGUUUGGAGUAUUAUUGCGAGCGCAUGUUUGAGGAAAAUGAAGACGAGAUCACUUCGCUGUACAAGAACAGACCUGAUGAUGACAUCAUGCCUGAUGCCGAGAAAGAGAUUUGCUUCAACCACGCCCAAUACUGCGAGGACUGGAUGUUGCCGAAUGAGGAAGACACGACCUGGACUCGCGAAAUGGAAGCUGAAUACGUUAGGGUCCACGGUCCAGACCCCUACGGCUUCGGCGGUGUACCUCAACAGCAGAACAUGAUGCCAGAAAUGCCAGACGAUGAUGGUGAUGAAAAUGAGGAAGACAUUGCUGCUGAAGAGAAGGACGAGUUAUAA